AGAACAACAACAUCAUCAACAGCUACAGUACAACAAUCACUAUAGCACAGAGCAGCAACACAGCAACAACAACAACAACAACAACAUCAGCAAUAUUAACUACAACAGUAACAACAACAGCGAAAAGAUGCAUUUGACAACCACAAGCACUAAUUCGACGGCAUCUAAUGCCAAUAGUAACAACAACAAUAACAACAAUAAUAAUAAUAACAACAACAAUAGCAACAACACUGCCAACAACAAUAAUUCGAGCAGCAGCAACAACAACAAUAACACAAGCAACACAAAUGGCUCCAACAACAACAACAGCUCGAGUAGCAACAACAACAACAGCACCGAGCAAAACACACCCCCAACACCAGCCCAGCUGCUUAAUGAGGCCUACACCAAGAUGACUUCAGACAUUUUGGCUGAACGCACUUUGGGCGAUUUCCUUACCGAACAUCCCGGUGAGUUGAUAAGAACCAGCAGCCCCCUCUUCGUCUGCACCGUUCUGCCACCGCACUGGCGCUCCAACAAGACGCUGCCGGUGGCCUUCAAGGUCGUCUCCCUGGGUGACAUCAUGGACGGCACCAUGGUAACGGUGCGCGCCGGCAACGAUGAGAACUACUGCGCCGAGUUGCGCAACUGCACCGCCGUCAUGAAGAACCAGGUGGCCAAGUUCAAUGAUUUACGAUUUGUGGGACGUAGCGGCAGAGGGAAAAGCUUCACAUUAACCAUCACCGUGUCAACGAAUCCACCACACAUAGCCACCUACAACAAGGCGAUCAAAGUAACCGUCGAUGGGCCACGCGAGCCGCGCUCCAAGACAAUGUUAUCCCUUUUAGGGCAACAACAACAAUUUCACUUCGCCUUUGGCCAGCGACCGUUCCACUUCUCCACGGAUCCACUGUCCGGCUUCCGCAUGCCUCCGAUUGGCAACUGUCAGAGUGCCAGCAAUACGCAUUGGGGCUACGGAUCGGCGGCCUCUGCCUACUCACCCUACUUGGCCAGCAGCGGACUGUCCUCGUGCACCACGCCCACUUCAGCGCAGUUUAACAAUCCGGCGUUGGGCUUCACCUGUUCUUCAAACGAUCAGAGCAACAAUCAGGACUUUGGCGGUGCCACCAAUCGCGACUGUGUGCCAAUGCUGCCCGACUCGACGGCCAGUGACUUGGAUCAGCAUCUGAGCAGCCUGGUUGGAUCUACCAGUGGCCAAAUGUCGCAUCAUAGCUUGUUGGGCGCCAGCGGACAGACGUCCAUCACAUCGACGGUGAAUGGAGCGAGCGCCGGCAGCGGGGCAACCGCUGGAAGUGCAGCGGGUGCUGGGAGCGGAGGCGGUGGUAACUCGAUAUUGGUGCCACGAUAUCACACCAAUGCCAGCAACGAGUACAAUGUACAUUCCAGCCAGAACGGGCCGCGCAGCCUGAGCGACAGCUCGCAGGCUGAGUCGCCGGUGCAGGAGGAUCUGCUAUCAACUAAUACACCAAAUUUGGGCAGCGGCAGUGGCGGCGGUGCAACAAAUGGUGGUGCAGCCAAUGGCAGUGGCAGUGCUGCCGUUGCUGGCAGCGUUGCCUCAUCGGUGGCAUCCGCGGGCGCUGGCAAUCCCGGCAUGCUGGGCACCAAUCAGAACUUUCCGGGCAUUGUCAAUCAGGCCCAGCAUGCGUCUGCCUCGGCCUAUGGCGGUGGCGUAGGCGUCGGCGUCGCUGGUGGUCAUGGUGGUGGUGCCGGUGCGACAACCGCCGGCUGCAAUGGAUCACUGUAUCCGGUUCUGCCCGCCAGCCUGCUCUACUCGCAGCUGUAUACCGCUGCAAAUCAGUCGGCGCACGGAUUCCACUCGCACACAUUACCGGCGCAUGCGUCGCCCAACUCCUCGGUGCAUGGGGAACUACAAAGCGUGAUGGAUCACAUCAGCAAUGUGGGUGUGCGGCAGCAGCAUAAUAUAAUGGCUGGCGGGGGUGUGGCGCAUCCGGGUGAUCUCACGCUGAUCGGCAACUGCGGUGCGUCGGUGAGGAACAUUGAGGAUGGGAACACCAAUCGUCAGGUGGCCGCGCUCGCUGCCCAUCGCGGUCACCACAACCCAACUGACAAUGGGGGCAGCGUCUGGAGGCCAUAUUGAGGUCAGGUUCUGUGGUGCGGAUCCGCAGUCCUUUAGUGUCAGGAGCAACUCGAGGGGCAAGCGGCGGAGAAGCAGCACGAGCAGAUCCAAGAUAUUGGUAUUGAUAAUGGGCAUGG